AUGGUGAGACUCAAGAACCGAUACAUAUUGUUUGAGAUUCUCUAUCCCACCACUCCCGACAACGAGCAGAAGCUCCCCAGGCCACUGAACAGCUCAGUUCCCAAAGCCAAAGACUACUCAAGGCUGAACUCGAUUCUAUCAUUACAUCGAUCUUCUCCAAACGAAAUCACACAAAAGGUUAUAUUAGAUCUCAUACGAAAGAGUUUGGAGGUAUACUUUGGUGACUUUGGCUCUGGUGUUUCUAGUUCUACCUUGCAAAUAAAAUACUUCUCCAACAAAACCUCCAAUGGGAUAAUAAAGAUUUCGAGAGAUUACCACAGAUAUGCCAAUUUGUGUCUAACUCUUAUCAAUAACAUUUUGGGCUAUGAUGUCAUUAUAAGAGUCAUCAAGGUUAGUGGAACAAUCAAGAAAUCGGAAGAAUGUUUGGUCGAAAGAAACAAGAUUUACAUGAAAAAUCUCCUAGAAAUGAAUCGCAACUCUAACAGUGGAAACAUAGUCACAUUGUUUAAUGAAUAG